AGUGCCAUGUAUUGGAAAAGCGAUCAGAUGUUGGCGCGUAAACGAGAAGAAAAGGACGUGCCGCAGCUGGCAGUUCCCCCCGAGAAGUGCCUGGGGCUCAUGUCGGAAGAGUGCGGGCGGACUGCUGCCCUGGCGGCCGGGAGGACUCGGAAAGGCGCCGGGGAAGAGGGACUGGUGAGCCCCGAGGGAGCGGGGGACGAGGACUCGUGCUCCUCCUCCGCGCCGCUGUCCCCGUCGUCCUCGCCCCGGUCCAUGGCCUCGGGCUCCGUCUGUCCCCCUGGCAAGUGUGUGUGCAACAGCUGCGGCCUGGAGAUAGUGGACAAGUACCUUCUCAAGGUGAAUGACCUGUGCUGGCACGUCCGGUGCCUCUCCUGCAGUGUCUGCAGAACCUCCCUGGGAAGGCACACCAGCUGUUACAUCAAAGACAAAGACAUUUUCUGCAAACUUGAUUAUUUCAGAAGGUAUGGAACCCGCUGCUCUCGUUGUGGGAGGCACAUCCAUUCUACUGACUGGGUCCGGAGGGCCAAGGGCAAUGUCUAUCACUUGGCAUGCUUUGCCUGCUUUUCUUGCAAAAGGCAACUUUCCACAGGAGAGGAGUUUGCUUUGGUGGAAGAGAAAGUCCUGUGCCGAGUACAUUAUGAUUGCAUGCUGGAUAAUUUAAAAAGAGAAGUGGAAAAUGGUAAUGGGAUUAGUGUUGAAGGCGCCCUCCUCACAGAGCAAGACGUUAAUCAUCCAAAACCAGCAAAAAGGGCCCGGACCAGCUUUACAGCAGAUCAGCUCCAGGUUAUGCAAGCACAGUUUGCUCAGGACAACAACCCAGACGCACAGACCCUCCAGAAACUGGCCGAAAGGACAGGCUUGAGCAGGCGUGUGAUACAGGUGUGGUUUCAGAAUUGUAGAGCGCGCCACAAGAAACACGUCAGUCCUAACCACUCCUCCUCUGCCCCAGUCUCUUCUGUCCCGCCCUCCAGGCUGUCUCCACCCAUGUUAGAAGAAAUGGCUUAUUCUGCCUACGUGCCCCAAGAUGGGACGAUGUUAACUGCGCUGCAUAGUUAUAUGGAUGCUCAUUCACCAACAACUCUUGGACUCCAGCCCUUGUUACCCCAUUCAAUGACACAACUGCCAAUAAGUCAUACCUAAUUUCUGUUUUCAGGGAUAGAAAGGAUUAUGGAUAUAAACUUGUCAUUUAUUAUGUAUAAAAUACCAUUGAAAAGAUUAGUGAAUUUUUUAUUUAACACCCAAAGCAUUUCCAACAUCACUUUGCUGCCCAGGUAUGUAUCUACAGUUGGCCUGCAAGACACUUUUAUUGAUUUUUCAUUUUUUGUAAAACUUAUGUUUACAAGAAGAAAACAAGUCAAAACUUUUUUUUUGUAUUGUCUGGAAAUAGUUCACUCUAGUGUGUAUCUGUUAAUUUAUUUGUCA